AUGGCGGUUUGCCUUGCACCAUUUCUCCCCGUUCACUCGGUUCCCACUGCUCGGCGAACCACAGGGUGUGAUCGAGUAUUCGCUUUGUCUUUUCUUCGCCAAACUCAUUCAGCCAACCGAGACCCUUCGGAGUCGGCCGACCUCUCCACCGUCUUCGACUGGGGCGGCAUCGCUGGCGGCGUGCUCGCCGGUCUCGUCAGUGACCGGACACAAGCG